CAUCUAAUUCUAAGUAUUUUUUUCUUGUAAGAACUUUUAAUGUUUAUAUAAAUAAUUUAUUUAAUUUAAUAAUAAAUUAAGUAAUUUUCAAAACUUAAUUUUCUAUUUUUUUAUGAUUGUUAUAAAUUGAAAAAUCUAGACGACGGUCAGUCGGUUAUGGUUGCUUGCACAGUUGUCAUUAGAAGUUUUUAUUCGACAUUCUUCAAUGUCUCGAUAGCAGAAUUGUUUCUUUUAAGUGGCGCAGUCGUCCGCUGCCAUGGCUCAUUCGCCGUCGACCACCGUAGUGGACGUGUCGCUGUUCAAGACCAUCGGACUGCACCAGCUGCUGUGCCCGGUCAACCGCGGCGGUUACAGCGUCCGGUCCAGGCGAGCGCUGAUGACCGCGCUCGGACUGUCGUUCGCCCUGCACGCGUUCCAGGUGCCCUGGCUGUACUGCGCGCUCAACGACCUGCAGCGGUUCGCGUACAUGGCCGCCGUCAUCAUAUACGGAAUGAUGUGCGCGUUCAAGGGCUACGUGCUGGUGACCAACUCGGACCGGCUGUGGUGGGUGCUGGACGCGGCCGGUUACGGGUACACCGGUUGCGGCGGCCGCGACCCGUCCGCGCUCCGCCGGUGCCGGGUCACGCUGUCCGCGCUGCUCCGGUCGUUCGUCGCCCUCAGCUACGCCACGCUGAUCGUGUGGAUCGUGCUGCCGUUUUUCGUCGACGAGUACACGCCCAUCACCAACCUGGACGGCACCGUCACCCGGUACCGCACCACCAUCCACAACAUGCAGUUCCCCGUCCCGUUGUCCGUGUACAACUCCCGUCCCGUCUGGACGCUCAUCUACGUCACCGAGGUGUCCGUGUGCAUCGUCAACGUGUUCAUAUGGUCGAUUUUCGACUGUUACCUGGUCACCAUGUGUUUCGUGCUCAACGCCCAGUUCCGCACCAUGUCCACCGGUUACGUGACGCUUGGCCGUCGUCGCGUCAAACCGUUGCCACAGGACACGCCCGUCAAGGGUGUUCGAAUCAAAUUUAAUGACGUGAAAUCGAAUCAUUACGAUGAUUUAAUUGGCCACAUCGAGGACAAUCGAAAAUUAAUCAAAGCGUUUGACGUAUUUUUCGAUGUUGUUCGACCCGUUGUCCUAGUCCAGAUCGGUAACGGUUCAUAUUCAGUAAUAUCAUUGAUAUUUCUCACCUCUCUAAUGUAUCUCAUGGGUGUACCUGUUUUAUCAGCUCCGUUUUUAAAGUUUAUCUGCGGAGUAAUAUCGCUUACUCUUGAGCUUUUUAUUUUUUGUUACGGAUUCAACCACAUUGAAACUGCGAAAUCUAAUAUAAAUUUCGGAUUAUACAGUAGCAAUUGGACUGAAAUGGAUUUGAAAUUUAAAAAAACUUUGCUAUUGGCCAUGAAGAUGAAUUCCUCCCAUAAACGAGUGAUGAAAGUUUCACCUAAAUCCUCCGUAGGCCUAGAAAUGUUUGCUAGGGUGAUGAAUAUGUCAUACUCAAUAGUAUCUGUAUUACUAAAUUCAAGAUCUUAAAAACAUAGAGCAGAACACAAAUUAUUAAAUAAUGAGUUGAAUACUAUGUUUUUUUUUUUUAUGUUUUAAUAUUUUUU